GUGAAUUAUUGCACGAUGCAACUCAGUCGUUUACGUUGAGUACAAAAUGUGCGGCAUUGCGCUCUACUUUGCAAAGAGUGAUCAGCCGCCACCAAGCGUGGUCGUCGAACUGACUGCUGCACUGGAACGACGAGGUCCAGACAGCGUCAGAACGCAAUGCGUGGUCGAACAUGCGCAGCCGGGCCUCGACAUGCACGUUGUGUCGACUGUGCUGCAUUUGCGCGGUGAUGCCGUUACGCCCCAGCCACUCAUGGAUGCCACUUCUGGAAACGUUUUUGCAUGGAAUGGCGAAGUCUUUGGAGGCCUAGAGAUUUCAGUUCAUUCCAAUGACACUCAAAUAGUCAUGGACGAGCUGCUCAACCGACUAGCCGUGGGAGACCCACUUUCUUCGGACGCUGUCGCCGAGAUUGUUGCAGCAAUGUUUCAAACCACAAUCCAAGGCCCAUUUGCCUUUGUCUUUUACCAUAACCCCACGCGCCAGCUAUUCUUUGGUCGAGACUACUUUGGUCGUCGAAGCUUGUUGUGGCAUGGAGCAGCAUCGACCUAUCUUGACCAAUUUAUGCUCUCGUCGGUAGCGGGGCCCUCUACGUCGGUUUCGGUUGCCACGGCCUCAACGGGAAAUGAAGAGGAGGCCGACAACUCGGCUCCAUCGCCACAAGACGCCAUGGCACAGCUCAGUACCAGCUUUUGGGAAGAGGUGCCAGCGCGUGGCAUUUAUAGGAUGCAGCUUCAGACGCCGACCUGGCAGCCGCAGUUGCUGGCCAGCCUUGACCGCUAUCCAUUAAAUCGGGUAUUGCCAACAGCAGUUCAACUCGACACGACGCAGCCUGUAUCCAACGAGCUCUCCAAGCUCCCCUUUUCUACGGCUGCGGCGCAGUUGCUGUUGGCUCUUGCUGAGGCGGUUCGGCGUCGUGUUUGUGCAGUCCCUGCGUCUCAUCACGGCAUUGCCGUCUUGUUCUCUGGUGGUGUGGACUGCACAGUUAUUGCUGCGUUGGCGCAUGUAUUUGCCCCAACGGACUGCCCUGUUGACUUGAUCAAUGUUGCCUUUGAAAACCAUGCCCGAGCCUCGUCUUCGAGCAAACCACCCGCUUCUGCCAGCUCGUCAACGUCAUCAGCAGGGUCAGCAGCCGUAGCAGCAGCAAAUAGUGAUUCUCCCACCAUUUACAAUGUGCCCGACCGGCUCAGUGCUCGCGCUAGCCUGCUAGAAUUGCGCCAAGCAAUCACAAGCGGCACUGUUGUCGAGGCUCUCAUGUCUGCGAUUCGGAUUGUCCCUUCAGAGACCAUCCCAACCGCUCUUUGCGCCGCUGUCCAAUGUCAGUCGCACGCACACCACGCGUCAUCGAUAACAACAACAACAACAACAACAGCAGCGCGGUUUCGCUUGAUUCAGGCGGACAUUCCUCGAGCAGAGUUGGAGGCGAUGACCCCUCACAUCCUCUCGCUUGUUCAACCACUUGGAACUGUCAUGGACUUGAGCAUUGGCGCAGCCUUGUGGUUUGCAGCACGUGGCUCAGGAAGAGUCUGGACGUCGGCCACAGAACCCGCCUCACCCGAGGUGGUGCAGACGGACGCACGCGUCCUCCUUGUCGGUAUGGGCGCCGACGAGCAGCUGGCCGGGUAUGGACGACAUCGAACCAAGUACAAUGUCGGUGGCUGGCCUGCUCUCGUGGAAGAGGUGGCGCUCGAUGUGAGGCGCAUUUCGGCGCGAAAUCUCGGGCGGGACGAUCGUUGCAUUUCCGACCACGGUCGCGAGUCGCGCAUCCCCUUCCUCGACGAAAAUGUCGUUGCUCUGCUUUCCUCACUCCCCAUAUUCACGAAAGCAAACAUGAUGCUCUCGCGGGGCUUGGGCGAGAAGAUUUUGUUGCGCCGUGUCGCCCUGGAACUUGGAUUGCCCGGUGCUGCGCAUCUAGCCAAGCGCGCCAUCCAGUUCGGAUCUCGCAUUGCGCGAAUGGAGCGCGGUGCGAGUGCCAAGGGUUCGGAUCGUCUCUGAAAGUUGUUUGGUCGCUUUGAAUAUUGUUUAAACAGUGACUGUGCAACGCAAACCCAGC